AUGCUAAAUUGGAUCAAGAUUGAAUUCAAUCGCACUUAUGCGGUAGGCGACAGCCAAUGUAUUAAAUGGACCAAUCAGGUGCACGCUGACGUCCAUACAUGUCCAAACAUGCCCGUCCAUGCUGUCUUAAAGGAGGCCCUCAUUUCGAUUCAGAAUUCUGCACUUGUCAUGGACACUUUCUCACAAGGCAAUCGCAGAAUUCCUUCAGGGGUAAACCCUAAAACGAAAUCUUUCGGGUUUGGCUCCGCUCGAUGGCUUUGGCCUACUAGAACCCAAACGGCUGCGCCUCUGACGCCGUCACCUGAAGCCGUGGAAUUUGUGGACUGGUUUUUGCAAAACAUAGACUUCUCUGUUGAACAAACGCUGAUGUGUUCUGACACGCCACUCAGUUGUAGUUUUCUUCGGCAAAUCCUCUUAGAUCCAUGA